GAAAAAGGUGAGCUGAUAAGUCAGCAAGUACAGAGUUAGUAGCUGGAGGUUGAUUAGUCAACACUAAAUUUCCUACCCUGUUUUCCCAUUUUAUUUGAACUACAACUUUGAUAAACCGAAAAGCCUAGAACAUGAACGAUAGAAUAAAAAAUGAAAUAUUGCAGAAGAAAAAGUGAGGAGCUAACCUUAAAUGCUAUUUGGGCACUCAAGUUUAAGAAAAGCAGUUUUUUGUAACUUUAUGGAAAUUACAUGAUGCAAUUCUUAACAAGGUGAAUCGUUGGUACCAAAUAGUGGCUAAUAUAUCGUUGCAGUCAUAAACAUUGAAAAUGCCAAUAUCGAAUAAAUUUCCCAUUAACAAUAACACUGAAACAGGUGUUGAAUGCAGCUCAGAAUUCCCAAUAGACAAGGAAAUAUCCUCACCUUCUGUGUUAUCAAGAACAACAUCGUCAGAAGGAAAAGAGUCUUCAUCAUCAUCACCUGUUGUAAUUGUUGAAGAAUCUUCUGCUAAAAACAUAUGCAAUAGACCAAAUCAGUUAAGCCUUGACAUGUCUAUUAAUUUAGGCUGGGCUCAAAGUCCAAGUUGUAUGAAUUCUUAUAGUAGAGAAUUCUACUGUCUAUUCGACUGUGCACUUGAGAAUAAUGAGGAUAAUAUAAAACCAGUUUCCUGUGAAGGGAAUUUUGUAAACCCACAGAAUACUAAAAUUACUACUGCGCCAAUAAACAUAUCUAGUGCAUAUAAUCUAUUUUCACGUCUAAUUAAUUAUGCUAUUAAUGGACAGUUACGUGUAUGUCGUUUUCGUAGUAUCUGUUGGCGUAUAUUCCUUGGUAUUCUACCAAAUGAUGUAAACGAUUGGACAAAACAAUUAAAAACUGAUAGAGAAUAUUUUGCUAAAUUAAAUUAUGAAAUUAAUCCUGAUCCACAUAGUCAUUUGAAGUCAAAUGAUCAUCCUUUGUCAUAUCAUACAGCAAGUUCAUGGAAUAAAUAUUUUUAUGCAUUACAAGUAAAACGUUUAAUUGCUAAAGAUGUUGAUAGGACAUUUCCAAAUGUACAAUAUUUUCGUAAUCAAAAAAUACGUGAAAUAAUGAUAAAUUUAUUAUAUAUUUAUACAGAACAUCAAAAUAUAUCUUAUGAACAAGGUAUGCAUGAAAUAUUAGCUCCUUUAUUAUUUGUUCUGCAUUGUGAUCUGGUCGCUUUUGAACAUGUUCAAGAAAUGAAUCUUAUAUCAUCUGAUUUAUGGUAUAACUUAAAUUAUGUAAUGAAUAGAGAAUACUUUCAAGCUGAUGCCUAUACAAUGUUUGCUAAAGUUAUGAAUACGAUUAAACACUGGUAUCCUCAAACAAAAUUACUGAAUACUAAUAAUAAUAAUAAUAAUGAUAAUAAUAAUGGGGGAAAACUUCGAAGACUUACAUCUAUUGAAUUACCAUUAAAAGCAUCUAUGCUUAAAUCAGAAGAAUAUUUAAAACAAUCAGAGGAUCAGGCUGUUAAUCAAGUAAAUAAAACUACAAAGUUGCUUAAUCAAAUACAGAAAGAUAUUUCUAAUGAUAUAAAGAUCAAGGAAUCAAAUUAUUUCACAAUUUAUUAUGAUCAUGAUCAACUAGAAGAAGAUAGAGAACAAGACGAUAAAUAUAACAGAACUGAUAUCAGAGAUACGUAUAAAAAGCAGAGACAAUUAAAUCAACAAGACUAUUAUCAAUAUAUGAAUCAUGAAGAACAAGAAUGGAAUUCAUUUUAUUUUAAUGAAACAGAACAUACUACACACAAUUGUUCUGGAUACUGUUUUGUAGAACAAAUACACAAACAAUUAUUAUUAAAACAUAAUGCAAAAUUAUAUAAACAUUUGAAACACUUAGAUAUAUCACCGAAACUUUUUGGUUUAAGAUGGGUGCGUCUAUUAUUUGGACAUGAAUUUCCUUUACAAGAUUUAUUAUACAUUUGGGAUUGUAUAUUUGCUAUAAAUAAUAAUUUGGCAUUUGUACCUUAUAUCUAUUUAAGCAUGCUAUUACGUUUAGCUCCAAUGCUAUUGAAAUAUGAGUUUUCUGAAUGUUUAACAUUAUUAAUGAAUUAUCCAGCUGGUAUAGAUGUAACUUAUAUAGUUUAUCUAGCACUACAUUUAUAUAAACCACAUUUAUAUGAUAAACCAUCAGAUGUAUACAAUCAUCAUGUACACAAUAAUGAUAAUACUACUGCUACUAUGACUGAUGAUAAUAAUAAUAAUAAUCAAGAUAUAUAUAGUAGUAAUAAUAAUCCUGAUAUAAACAGUAUUAAUCACGAUGACAGAAAUAGUAAUAGUGAGAAAAUUGAUAAUAUUAACAAUAAAAAUAAAGGAUAUGAUAUAUUUAAUUCAGUGUUAUCACUUCCAUCUUUAAGUGAUAAAAUAAAAUCUAAAAUAAAAAAUACAAUAUCAGUUAAUAGAUCGAUUAGUUAUCAUGAAGCAGGAAGUUCAAAUGACUUUUUUAGUACAUCUUCUAGUAAAUUUAAACAAAAUAAACGUAGUUCAAUGGUGAAUUUAUUAACUUUAAAGAAAUUAGAACAUUUAAAGACACCUAAUAAUAAUGUACAACUUUUAAAUAAAAAUGAAAAUAUUUUUAAUCAUCAGAAAACAAAUAUAAGUUGUAGUUCAGUCAAUUUAAGUAAUGCUCAUAAUGAAGAGAAAUUCAAUAAAAACUAUACAGAUUUAUAUGUAUCAGUACCACAGUUGAAUAAUAAUAAUAAUACUUCCAGUUCAAGUAAUACUAAUAACAAUUUCUCUAUAUUCGAUACAAUAUCAUUAUCAAAUAGUAUAGACUAUGGAAAUAAGUUAUUUACUAAUCAUUAUGAAACCGAAUCAAUAAAUGAUUGUGAAUAUUAUGAUAUGAAAGUAAAUAAUCAUUCAUCAACAUCGACAACAGCACAUACAUCUUUAUCAUCAUUAUCACUUAAUCAAAUUUCAAUCAUGAUGAAAAACUCUGAGAAUGAUAAUAGUAUAAACUCAUCUAUUAUGGAAGAGACAAUACAACCAAAUCUAAUGGAUAAUUUUUCUAAAAAUGCAACGAAUUCAUCUUCAUCUAUGAAUAUUCAAGAUAAGAAUAAGAGGCUACAUGAAAAGACUUAUUCACUUAUUAGUAAUUGUAUAAAAUCAUUGAGUUUAUGUUCUACACACAUGGAGAUAUACUUAAAUAAUUAUGUUUCUCAAUGUCUAAAUAAGCAUCAUCAUGAUAAGUAUAAUGGUCAAGAUAUCUCUUCUUUUCCUUCGUUAUCCCCAUCAUCAUCUUUCCAGUUUACACCUGGUUACUAUACUUCAUAUCUUCCCAAUCAAAAUUCCAACUGUUCAUCAUAUUAUUUACAAACAUUUUUACCAUUAUCAAUAUCUUCUUAUUCAGUACAUUUGUAUGAUUAUGCACUAUUUACAAAUUUUGAUCAUUUAAAAUAUGUACAAAAUGAAAUUAAAAUAACAUUAGAUAAUUUGAUCAAAUUUUCAUAUGAUCAUAUGGAUAUACCUGAGGAGUUAAGACAUCAUAAAGUGAAUGAUGAGAGUAAACACAUAGAUAAUAAUGUUGAACAGUCAUCUUUACCGCUGAAUUCAUUUUAUUUCACAUCACAUUAAUAUCAUCAUCAAUUUACUCAUCAAAAUCAAGGAUAUUCAAAGCACACAUAUCUCUCAUAGUCAAAAUGAUAUUCGUUUAUUUAACACAGAAAUAAAAUCAUCAGUGUCCUUGACAAAUUUAAAUUAUGCAUACAACAACUAAUAAUAUAAAAGAAAUAGAAAAUUAGAAACUUAUUGUAACAUUGAAUGAAGAAGUGUAAAUUGAUUCUGUUGUCUUUUACUGGGAAAAGAUAAAACCCAUUGCCCAAAUCACUACAUAUCACAACUACCUCCAUCACAUGAAUUUUUUAAGUCUUUUUUUUAUAUAUCUUAUUGUUACAUUCAUAUGAGGGUAGCUAUUUUUGCUUCUUUUUUUUCUAUUUUGAAGACGACUGUUUGAUACUAUUUUUCAUUACUCCACUUAUUAUCGCAUAAUUACUAUACAGAUUAAUUUUCUUGAAUUUAUUACAGUUUAUGCGUUCAUUUAUCCUGACGUCCAUGUACAUUAAUUAAUGAUGUCAGCUAUGUAUUUAUUUAGAAUGCAAUGUAUGUAUGUUUGUUUGUUUACUUUACACACACACACACAACAUAUGGACUGUAUAUUUUAUGAGUGACCACCCUAACAACUGUUGAAAUGACAAAUUAGAUUUAUUUAUUUAUUAUAUCUGCCGGAAAGAUAAUUUUCAUAUGAAAUAAAGAAAUCCAGAUGGUUGCUUCAGUUGAUUAAGUAGCCUUUAAAGUCAACUUACUUUAUCCUCUCCACAAAUAUUCUUAUCAUAUAACGAACCAGCGACCACCGAGUUUCUGGCUGGAUACUCUACCAAGUGAACGACGAGGUUCAACUCAUCAUCACAUUUUUAUUCCACUUCAAUCACCAUGGGUUUUACCCGACUACCAUGUGAAUUCGUAACGCCUUACUACCGCUUGAUCGUAUCCACACUGGCUGCCUAUUCAGGACUUCUCAUGGCAAUCCAAAUGUAACUGAAUUAGAGAGGAAGGAGAGCAUCAUAUUGAUUAUCAUUUUGACCAUCUGAGAUAGCCGUACUUCGAUAGACUAGUAUUGAUACUAGGUGAUGAUUGGAGGUGAAAUGAAAAUCAAGUCGUCAGUUGGACCUCGCAGCUCAGUUGGUAGCGCAUCGGGCCAGAAACUUGGUUGUCGUUGGUCUAAAUUCUCAUUUCACCUUCAACCAUCACUCAGUAUCAAUACUCGUCUGCCAAACCACGGCUAUGUCAGAUAGUCAAAAUGAUGUCAUAGAACGAUAAAAACAGUCUGAU